AUGUUGCUGGGGUUGGCUGGCCCGGCAUCGCUGCACGCCUACCGUCCACAAGGUAGGAAAUUGGCAGAGCGACGUGCCGCAGUGGCGCGAAGUGACCCGAAUGUGACAAAUCCAAAUAAAGAAAGUGCUACAAAUGUUCCAACCGCACCGGUUCUGGAAGCGUCAACAUGUACUCAGCAGAAGGAAAAUCCAGGGCCCUCUGGAAAACUCCCAUUACAUCAAGUGCUGCCAAGUGAUGAAGAAAAGUGUUUCGAGAAGCUUCAAACUCCUUUUGUGUCAACGGGCCCUUCAAACAACAUUUCAAAGCAAUCAGAGAUGAACACAGAGAUGGGCUCAUCGGUGACUGAUACUUCAGCUCAUUCAGCUACAUCGGCCUGCAAAAAUCCAAAAUGUUUGGUGCACACUCUUCUUGCUGACAGAGAGGAACCCAAGGUUCAUGCAACGGCGUCGACGACCAACAAGGAAGAGCAAGUGUCUGAACUACCUACCGAUUCAAUGGAGCAAAAGGGUGAAGACUCAAGCCAAGUGCUGUCGAGUGGCAGCACACCUAACUUGGAGCAAGAGGAAAAAGAAAAGACGUUGGUGAUAGAACCUUCAACAUCUACGCCGAGCAGCAACACAUCUUUGGCAAAGGUUGCUUACUCAGAAACCCCACGGGUGCAAAAUGAUCGUGAUCCUACAACUGCUGCAUCGAGCAAUAUUGCACAGAAUGUGGAAAGUGCUCCAUUAGUAGCGUUUUUGAUGCCUCCAAAUUAUGGAUCUGCCGUUGCUAAGUCAAAAGGUAAAAAGAAGAGUUCGGGUAGAAAGCUAGAAGACCCACUUGCGUCAGCAACGCAUGGUUAUGAAACUCCUCAUCCAUCCAUCAGUGGAACAAAGAAUGAUCAAAAAACACCAUCAGUUGAUUCAUUGUUGCCACAAUAUCAGGUUUCCAUGGCAGAUCCAUCAGGCAACGUAUCCAAGAUAGGAAAAUGUAAGACAGAGCCAGCGAGGAAAGGUCUUAACCCUGCAGUGCCUUCGCCGGUUAGCAACACACCGCUUGCUGAUCGUCUUCACUCUUUGAUUCACCAGAGUUCAUCUGAAUUUUCAGCAGAUAUGACUUCUGUAAGUCAACCUUCAGGUCGUUCGAAGCAAAAAUCAGGAAAGAAAUCGAAAGCAUUCAUGAAGCCUGCAGAAACUGCAGUAUCAAGUGAACUUCCUGUCCCUUCAACAUCUUCUGGCAUUACUGCUAGUUCUUCAGACAGAAGUCUGCCCCAAGCUCGUCGCAAUGAAAGUGUUGUGAGAGCACCACUUAGAACAGUGUCCGGCGGUAACAUUCUGCAUGCCAUUGAUCAUGCAAGAAUGAAUGCACCCAACCGGCCUCUGCCACCCACACUAGCUGCGCAGAGGUCUCAAAGAGGCGCUACCCCCGACGUUACGAGGCUAAUCUCGCCUGGACCAGCCUACGCUCGUAAUGCUUUUGAGCAAAGUUACAUCAACGCUUCCCGCGGCACGCUCGUAGAUGACCCAAAUAUUGCCCGCUAUGCAAAGCGCAUCAAAGUCCAGCCCUAUUACUUUCCGGUCAUGCAGCAAGCAGAGAAUCCUACACUUUCUGCAUGGCGUAAUGCGCAGUACAACCAACCAUCAACAUCUACAGCUGCUCAAGCAACACUUCCCGGACCAUCACAAGGGGGAAACAGACUUUAUGUUCACCCAGCUGGUGACACUUCCCAGAACAGGAACCAAACAGCUACUCCUUCACCACAGGAAAGUGCCGGCGGGAGAGCUACAAUUCAGGCCGACGGUACAUUUAGAAUUGUGCCGAAUGCUGGUUUCAUUACACCGUCGGCUGGAAGAACACCUCAAACAUCAGGCGGAACUAGUUAUGAUACUUCGUCUUCUGGAGCGGCAAGAACGCGUCUGACCACUGGCAGCACUAGUUCCCAUACGUCCCAUUCUGUGGCAAAACCUCAAACAACUGGAGGAACUAGUUGUAAUACAGCGUCUUCUGGUAUGUCAAGAUUAAUUGCUAACCCAACUGUCGGGUCUAAUUUUGCUAUGUCGCCUCCUGGUACGGCGCCUACAACCUCCCAAACCGCCGGCAGGGCUAGUUAUGAUAUUUCGAUUUCCGGAGGGACUGGAACAACCCUCACUACUGGCGGAGCUAUCUCCGGAGACUCCUCUUCUAAAAAGCUCAGUACAACGCCUCAAACAACCGGCGGGACUAGACCUUCUCCCCCGGCUUCUGGCAUUUCGGGAACUAUGUCCCAGGCAUCUGCGGAGGCAAGUUCAGCCCCCCUGCCAACCGGAGGGGUUAGAGCUAGUAAACGUGGUGGUGGCGUUUCCAGAUCAAAGAAUCGCGCAAGAAGUGAAAAAGAAAUUCCAGCUGGUGGUUCUGGAGGUGCAGGAGAUGCGUCCGUAGAUGAUGGCAGAAACCGUGAACCACCACAGGCGUUGCGUGGGGACACGCCACAGGCUGAAGACACGCCUGGGGUAAAGCUAGAGGCUAGCUCUACAGGCGGGAAUAUGCAGGAAACGGGUGGCGAACCUCUCCCUAAUGACCUCCCAGAUUGGGUUUCUCCACAUUUAGUAAAUGAUUAUUACCGAGCAAUGCAUCUUUCCACUCAUCUUGAAGGAAGAAACCACUUUACACGCCGACGGCGUGAUGAAAAGUCACCAAAAUGCUCUGAACACUUCCGGGGAUUUUGGAACAUCAACUGGGCGCCGCUGUUGCAGGAAAAGGGGCAAUACGUUCCAAACGAGCCCAUGCCAACAACACCGGAGGAACAUGAGGAACAUGAACGUCUUUCACCAGAGAUCUGGGAGGAAUGCACAUGUAUCCAAUGGGACGAUUCAGUCACGUCGAUCACCAUAGAUCACCAUUUUCCCUCGUCUGUGCCAUCAUCGACCCAGGAUUCAUCCAUGCCCUGGUACCUAGGAGAGAGCCCUAUUCCAAUCUACACUCCAGAUUCAGCACUGCGUGAAGGCCUUUUGGGCCCACCUCCGGGCUUCGAAUCGCAUCCUGUUCCACAAUUCUUCCCAGAUUUUGCACUCAACGUGGAAGAGAGCUUCGCCAACAGUCUGUACCUGGAGCACAUCACUCAUAUUUCAUUUGUUCAGGAAAGAUGCUCCUCUUCUUUGAGGCAAGCUGCGCCUAAUCCUCCUGAAGGAAUGCCCGAUGGAAUUGACCUUCAUAUACAUUCACACUUCGUUCCUGAUAUGAAUUCAGAUCUGUCUGAUGAUUUGGCUCAAGUAUUGACUACAUACUUUGUAGAAUAUUGGGAUACAGAUAUGGCCCCAACGCUUGGUCAAUCCAUGGGAAAUUAUAUAUGGAAUUUCGGCACUGAACAUUUUCCAAUUAAUUAUGAAAUGUUUGAUUCCACUCCAUUUGUUUGGCAAUCAUCAGAUGUGAUGCAAAAUCUGCCUUCUGACAUGGAUUCACAAGAAACGUCUAGCGAGUUUCUAAUUCCCCCAACAAUUGAGGCUAUGGAGCAAGCAUUUUAUCCGUCAGAGACUUCUGUCUGGAAUCCUAAUCAGAUGCCUACUCCUGACCCUGAAUACUACAGAGAAGUUAAUUCUGACCUGCUCCCAAUUUCGCGAGAGGUCGAGGAAAUCAAUGAGAGCCUGGCCCACCAACGAUUGCUCAGACCGGAUACACAAGUAGCAACACGCCCCGGCCUGGAAACAGCCCUACACUCUGUUGAGGAAGAGACUUCUGGAGAAGGUUUAAAUAUGAAUCCAUUCUCAAUGGAGUAUUUGGUCCGGAAUGGUAUACAGGUUCCUGGAUCAGUCUUUGCCCAAAUACCAGCUCCUGAUGAGAUUCCCAUCCCUGAGGUCGGGUGGAGCCCAGAUGUUAAAACUAGUACUUCUUCGGCCGCCAGACCCGUCUCUGGGACUGCCGCAACCAACAGCCCGGUGGUUAAUUCUGCGACGGAUUUGGUCGCCAAUCCUGACCUCGGUUUUACACCUGCUUCGGCGAGGAACCUGGACAAUGAAUUUUAUUGUGACCAGCCAGCGACACAUGUCGUUAUUUCAUCCUUGGAAAUUAUCUCUGCCCCUGUCCCAGAUCCAGUCGAGCCAGUGAGCCUGGUUCCUGCACAAGAACCUGUGGCGACCUCUGCCCCUGAGCCAGAUCCUGUUCCAGCUGGAAUAGCAGAUCCUGAGCCUGAUAAUGUCCUUGACUCAGCCCCCGCUGCAAUCCAAGACCCUAACGCAGCAUCAGACCCAGCUCCGACUGAUUCUGAGGACGGUGAGAGUCAAUCGGGUCUGAGUGUUCCCAUUCGCCGGUUUCCAUGCCGGCUCCCCUGCUCGGCCACCAGGGCGUCUCCACGCUGGCUUCCAUGCGCGUUCGCACUCCCACCGACAUUGGAGGACGAUGAGAAUGCUGACCUGCCUCUGGAGCUGUGGGGCAUGGAAUUGGCAUCUGAUCUGGUUUCCAUUCUGGCAACUGUAUCUGCCCUAUCUUUGAACAUGGAACCUUAUGAUCCAGAAGAAUUUCACGAACAACUGAUUGAUGCACUUCUCAUUGAAGUCACUCGCGUUGGAGAAGCUCCCCAAGAACGCGCAACUGAUGCAAAUGAAGCAGCUGUCUCCUCCAUUUUGGCAGCAAAGACCCAACGCGAACCAGAAGCUUCUGGAGCAGACACAUCAACUAAUGCAGCGUCAGCUGCAGGCACCUCCGCCACUGAGACAGAGAUCCAACUUGAACCCGAAGCUCCUAGAGCAGACACACCAGCUAAUGUGGCUUCAGCAGGAGGCACUUCCGCCUCUGAGACAGCGGAGAUCCCAUCCAAACAUGAAGUCCCUAGAGAA